AUGGCUUUCUACAAUACAAUAAAACACCUUGUAAGCCUCAUUGCCCUAUUCUAUGUAGCUGGAGCAGUGCUAAAAAAUUUGACAGCACAAAGUUGUGGCUGUGCCCCAGAGAUAUGUUGUAGCCAGUAUGGCGACUGCGGCAGCAGCGAUGGUUACUGGGGCCAGGGUUAUAAAAAAGGCCCUUGUACUAGCAGCGGUGGCAGCACAACUACCACACCAAGGACCAAUGUUAGUGGUGGUUCGUCGGUGGCUGAUAUUGUAACCCCAGAAUUCUUCAACAGGAUCAUUAACCAAGUGUUUAAGCCUAGUUUUUACGUAUCCAAAAUUAAAGCUAAUUGGUCCAAGUACAUGAUUUGGGCUUUAAUUGUACAAGUGUAA